UUCUCCUUUGAAAACCUAUUGACUCAUCUGUCUGUUCUUCUUCGUAGUGAUUCAAGUUGCAGUUUUAAGAUAUUUUAGACAUUUAUUCUCUCACUCUUUGCCAGGCCCUCAGGGUGAGGUUUCUGGAAUGAUGUUUCCCGGUGUCUUUCAGGCAGAAAAAGAGAACUGGGGAGGAAAUGGCAGACUGACCUUGCGGAUGGUAGCAAGGAAGGUGGCUCUUCUCUCCUGUGUGAUCCGAACCUUGAUGAGCAUUGCAGAACGAGCACUGGGGUUCAGAUACUGGGCAGACCAGGGACAGCGCUACAGCACACCCACAGAGCAGCACCUGGGGGAGGCAAACUCUUUGGACACUGACCUCACCUUUGACUGCAGCAGCUUCAGGAGCCAAUAUGAGUUUCGGCUUCCAGCACGGGCCUUGUGCGCGGCCUCAUGCCCGCCAGCGUGGCGCUCAGAGCCCGACCUGCGUUUCCUGCGCAGCACCCUGCGAACGCUGCCCAGCUUCCGACGCUACUCCCCCCACAUGCAGCUCAAGCUGGCCAAGGUGAUCCGCUAUGAGAGGUUUGGGCGGGGCCGGGUGGUAGUGAAGCGAGGCCAGAGAGGCAGCAGCUUCUACUUUGUGUUCUCUGGUAUCAUUGCGGUCACUCAGGAUUUGGAUGGCAGCUCUGCCUUCACUGACCAAGAGCCAAUCCUCAUGAGGAAGGGGGCAGGCUUUGGGGAGGUGGCGCUGUUGAAGGGCCUGAGGCGCAAUGCCACUGUAGUGUGUGUGGAGGAUACAGAGCUUUUGGUGGUGGACAAGGAGGACUUCUUCAGUCACCAGCUAGACCAGGAGCUACAAAAGGAAGCCCUAGAGAGAUACAGCUUCUUCAGGUCCCUGGCCUUGUUCUCCAGCUGGUCAGAUGCUGCUCUUGAAACACUGGCUGAUCAUUGCAAGACAGAGCAGGUCCAUCAUGACCAGGUGGUCCUGAGAGACAGCAGCUCCACCACCAGCCUUAUCUUCAUCACCAAG